UACUCAUAGUAGAGGAUGAGACACCGGAGAGCUGCAUUGAGUAGUCGCUAGAACACGAUUAGCACAGGAUGGCUGGAAACGCGUGGAGGUCAACGCUCCUAAAACUCCUCGAGAGGUGCGGCGCGCGGAUAAGUGACGCGAGCUCGUCUCCGGAAGUGUCCCGUGUAAUGGGAGCCAUAAAGAGCCCACAGCCCAGAACCUUCUCCAGAGGCGUAAGUUCAAACCAACUCAUACCAUGUACCACGAUUCAGACUGUAACGUUAAUUCCUGGAGAUGGAAUCGGUCCAGAGAUCUCCACUGCAGUAAUGAAGAUAUUUGAAGCAGCUAAGGCCCCUAUUCAAUGGGAAGAGAGAAACGUCACCGCCAUCAAAGGACCUGGAGGCAGGUGGAUGAUCCCUCCUGAGGCCAAAGAGUCAAUGGACAAAAACAAAAUUGGAUUAAAAGGACCACUGAAAACACCAAUUGCUGCUGGACACCCGUCCAUGAACCUGCUGCUAAGGAAGACCUUUGACCUGUAUGCUAAUGUGCGUCCCUGUGUGUCAAUCGAGGGCUAUAAGACGCCUUACACCGAUGUGGAUCUGGUCACCAUCAGAGAAAACACAGAAGGAGAGUACAGUGGGAUCGAACAUUUGAUUGUGGAUGGAGUUGUGCAGAGUAUUAAACUGAUCACAGAAGAGGCCAGCAGGCGCAUUGCUGAGUAUGCAUUUGAGUAUGCCAGGAAUAACCAAAGAACCAGUGUCACGGCCGUUCACAAAGCCAACAUCAUGCGAAUGUCCGAUGGCCUAUUCCUGAGGAAGUGCAGAGAGGUUGCUGAGAAUUACAAGGACGUGAAAUUCACUGAGAUGUAUCUGGAUACAGUCUGUCUCAAUAUGGUGCAAGAUCCUUCUCAGUUUGAUGUACUUGUAAUGCCUAAUCUUUAUGGCGACAUCUUGAGUGAUCUGUGUGCCGGAUUGAUUGGGGGUCUUGGAGUUACUCCCAGUGGAAACAUCGGAGCACAUGGUGUCGCCAUAUUUGAAUCAGUACAUGGAACUGCCCCCGACAUCGCAGGCAAAGACCUGGCGAACCCCACCGCCCUUUUGCUGAGUGCUGUUAUGAUGCUGCGCCACAUGGGACUUCAUGGGCAUGCUAAAAAGAUUGAGACCGCCUGCUUUGACACCAUACGGGAAAAAAAGGUUCUGACCAAAGACCUCGGUGGAAACUCUAAAUGCUCAGAGUUCACAGCUGACAUCUGCCGAAGAGUGCAGGACAUGGAUUGAGGCUUUUCUAGUGUAUGUUUGGAUCUGAUGCUUAACGAACUGAGAGUCAAAAAAAAGAAAUGAAUCUUCGUAUCAUUCUGAUAUCUGCGCACAAUUCUACUAAGUGUUUGCAUUUUCGUUUCUCCAGAACCGCAAAGCACUGUCUUAAAUUCUUGUCCUUCAGUGACCGUAUUUGUGAGCUGUUUUAAUCUGUCAAAAAGGAACUACACAAUAGAAGAUAAACUGUAUUUAUUGACUGAA